UCCAGAUAAGAUGCGUAUUUGCGUAAAUACGUUUUGAAAUUUACAAAAAACGCAUUUAAAAUCAAACCUACGCGUACUGAUACGCAUUGAAAAAACGGGAUACGUAUUUUACUCGAUUUAAGUGCGUAAUCCAAUUUUAUCGUAAAUCAAGCACAUCCUUUUUGUAAUCGAGUACAACAAACAAAAAUGGCGUCUCAUAAAAGCAAACGCAAACGAUAUUGUAAAAUAAUGCCAUUUUCUUCUUCAAGUAUAUAAGUGUGUGACAAGAGAUGACUCGGACAAUGCCUAUCGCUAAGCACGUGAUCUAUGAUAUAUUAUGGGUAACUGUUGAAAAAGCCGAAGCACCAUACAUCAUGAGAUUGUCGUGUGACGUAGAUUGUGUCAAUAGAGCUUUGGCAACUCACAACCUGAAGAAGGCAGGAAAAUCAAGCCAUGCACAGCUGUCUAUAGGGAGAAAGCCAGGCAAUGGACCACUCAAGGAAAACACACUUUACAUCAUGCUGUGCACUGCAAAAGACAGAAAUGGGACUAAGUAUCCUAUAAAAGACAAUAUUAUGCAAGUUUUUACUAAGUUUGUCAGUGAGGGUAAAGCCACCAUUAGAUUAAAACAACCAGAACAAGAUAUUUGCAUCAGCAAGGCAGAUGUUAUACAGCUGAAGAGCUUUCUAAAUGUGUUGCGGCAGGCAUUGCAGGGGAAAAAUCUGGACAGUAUCACAUUAUCAAGUCUUGCUCCAGCAUCAGCAAAGAAUAUAGAGAAACCCAAAACAAACCUCGUCAUUACAACAAAGAGAGAUUACCCACUGACAAAAAACUUUCCAAUGUCAUUGGAGUCAUUGCAGGUAUCGGAGUGUCGUAUGAAAAGAAUUGACUCAAGAAUAUUCAACCUGAGGAACUUGACCAGACUUGACUUGAGUAACAACAGCAUUGAAAUCAUCCCAGAUGAAAUAUCAAAAUUACAGAAUCUUUCAGAGCUAAAACUGGCACACAAUAAUAUCACAAUUUUCUCACCAAGUGUUUGUUUAAAGGAAUCCUUACAGAAAUCGUUAAAUCUCUUAGACCUAAGUAAUAAUAAGAUACAGAAACUGCCUUUACAGAUUUGUGAACUUGUCAACCUUGUAAAUUUGAAAUUUGACAAUAAUGAAAUGGAGGUACUGCCACCGACGAUUGGUCGAUUACAUAGACUGCAGUUUAUAUCAGCAUGUAAUAACAAGUUACGUACCCUUCCUGCAAGCUUCAUGAAACUGAGAUUAGAUAGUGUGGAUUUGUUUGGAAAUAGUUUUGAUGUGAUAGAGAACUACCAAAUUUCAGCAGGAUCUGUUGAUGUACCAACACUGGUGGAAUGCGCUGCAAGGUCUAUAAAGAAAUCCAGGGUGCCUUAUUCGGAGGAGGAUCUUCAUUUACAUCUGUGUAGAUACCUGGACUCUGCCAGGCAGUGUUGGUGCGGUAACUACUGUUUCCAGUGUAGUGUACGGUACACCAGCAAGGUGGACUUACGACGAGUAGCCAGCACCGUGACAGCAGUUGAUGUACAAGGCGGGACGGGAGUACCUGUAGAAGGAUUUCUGUGCUCACCACAGUGCCUGAAGAAAUUUCAGAACAAUCCUAAUGCCUAUUGGAAAUAGGAAGAGUUUAUGGUUCAAACAUAGAAGAAACGCUUUUUGUUCAAAGUGCUACAUUACUAUAUAAACAUUUGUAUUUAAAAAGUGACAAUUUAUAUACCCUUUUAAUGUAAAAAAAAUGGGUUUUGUACAUAUAGGCAGGGCCAUCAUUUGUGUUUUUGAGAUCAGCGAUGUCAGUUUUUAUGUACUUCAGUCCUCUUACAAUUUUCAUCUAAUUAAAGUGAAACCUGGUAGGUGGCUUGGUAGGUAAAUAUUUAUAUUUUUCUGCUUCAUGUUAGGCUUUUCCUGAAGCAUUUGAAUAAAUGUUUUAAUUAUU